AUGGAGGAAGACCGCAGACCCUACAAGUGUGACCUUUACCCCCAAUGCGUUGCUACGUUCGCAUUAGCACAUGAGAAAGCACGGCAUAUGAGGAGAGGACAGCACAAGAGAAGGGUGGAAGAGGCACCAUCGGAGGGGUUGCGCGAUAACAGUAGCCAAGGAGGAGCCAUAGAAAGGCUACGAGCAGCUGCAAACCGUCUUCGUUCACGAUCGAGCAAUCACACGCGUUCUGACACGCAACCUGGACCGAGCCGCUUGGAUGUGCGGCCCGACGCCGCUGAACUAAACCAGGACGAGACCGGCUACGCAUUUGCACCAGAGUGUGAUGCAACGGCUGUUGACAUUGAUGGUCGUGCCUACCGUUUCAUUCGCACGGCGGCUGGAGGAUCCGGGCUUUCGCGUGCGGAUAUAGCGGAAUUGACAUCCAUUCUUGUUGAAAUUGUGGCCAAUCCCGACAGGCUCACACUCAAGUCACUCGCAGAAUUCGACAAGUACGAGGAGGCGCAGCUGGCCGGGGCCAACAUUGAACCGUUUGAGCAGGUCGAGCUUACCAAGGAGGGGGACCUGAAGCCCGUGAUCCUGUGGAGGCGUUCGGCUCUUACGUGCGUCACUAGCUUAUACGAGAACGUGGCGAACGCUCAAGGUUUCGUUGUGCGACCUCCCAAGAAUUGUAACCCAGCCAAACGAAUCUACAAGGGUCCUGAGACGGGGAGUUGGUGGCGGGAGGUCCUGCGUCUGCUGCCGGCAACUGAUCCGGGGAAGGCCGUCGCUGCGGUGAUUAUCUAUUCGGAGGAGACGACUCUGACAGUUGAUGGCGGACUUAAGGGUUGGCCGGUGUACAUCUCACUAGCCAACAUUGCGCCGGGGAAUCGGUGGAAACCCCACGGCCAUCGACUGUGUGCUCUUCUACCUGAUGAUGACGGAAGCUUCUUCACGCAUGCGGACAGCGAACGAUGGCAUCUCGAAGUAUUCCAAGAAGCGUUGGAUCUUAUCAUGAAGGACCUGAAGAUGGCCCAAAACGAUGGAGUGGAGCUCACGGACCCAUACGGCAUUCGCCGUACGGUCUUUCCGAUCACGUACGCAUACAUUGGAGACUAUCCGGAGCAGUGCAAAGUUGCGGGCACCAAGUCUGGCAUCAAGACUCGCUUUCCUUGCCCUAGGUGCACCGUUCCGAAGGAGCAGUUGAACAACAUGACGUACCCGUUAAAGUAUCGAACGGAGGCGUUACAAAAGGAACGUGUCAUGGAGAUGGAGCGAGAGACGAGGGUUACGGCACGCAACGACUUGACGAAGCUCUACAGUACACACUUCGUCAAGAGUGCCUUGUGGGGACAACGCUUUGGCGACACGGAUUUUGGCAACCCGUACAGACAACUCACGUCCGACAUCAUGCACAUGUCCCUCCUCGGCGUAUACAAGCACAUACUGGAGGGACUCAAGUCGAAGCUCACUGAGCGCACAUUGCGUGAGCUCGACGCUGCCCUCGAGCGGAUCACCAAUUACAGCAGACAGUCAUUCUUUCGAGUUCCUUCACACACUGCUGGCUAUUUCAGCGGCCACAACACCUUCAAGGCCUUCCAUCAUCAGGCGGUCAUGCAGGUGCUGCCAGCGCUCCUGGUGAUGGCGAAGGUGGACCAGAUGACGAUCCGUGCAGUGGAGCUGUAUUGCACGUGGCACAGGGAGGCAUGGCACCGCACGCUCGUUCCGAUGCUGAUGGAUGAGUUCACGGUGGACGAUCAAGCAUCAAACUUCAACGUUCCGAAGAUUCACGCGAUGCUGCACGUUAGUGAAGACAUCAGGCGCCGUGGCGUACCGAUUCACUACUGCACCGAUGUCUACGAGCAUGUGCACGUGGUGGUGAUGAAGAGACCAUACCGAGCAUCCAACAAGAGGAACGCCGAAGAAGCGAUCACGCGGCGUUGCCUAAUAUCAGAGCUCGUCGAGUGGAUGAGUGCCAGAGAUGAGGCCAUAGAGACUGGAAUUCCUACUGUUACAGGGACGUCAACAAAGUUCGUAUUGGGCGACGAGCGUAACAAGAACUACAUGGCGUACGUGGAGAGCGUCCCAGGAGACUUUGACCUCCUGGAGGAUAGUAUUGUCUCCUACCUCAAAGACGAGCACGGCGACGAUAAGGUACACUAUGCUCGGAUGAUAGAGGUGCAUUCAGGUGUUGCGGUACCACCAGACGACGAUUUCAUGAGAUACAGCAGAUAUCCACAGUAUGCACGAGCGACACCCGCAUUCCACGGUGGUCCUUGGUUUUCGGAUGUGGAUAUUGAGGGCGAGGAUGAUGAGAAGAAGAAGGUGGUAUGGCACGCGAAGCUGUUUCUUAUAUUCACAUUGCGUUGGACGGUGUGCACUUCUGGCGAGGGGGAUGAGGAAGAUAAGGAGGAGCAGUUUUCAGAGCAGCUUGCAUUUUGUCGUUAUUACGGCUCUCUUCCCCAGUCUGCAACGAUGGACAUGAAGACCUUGAACUGGUGGCCCUCACGCCGCGGGUAUGGUGUGUUGCCUGUAGAGAGUAUUUUGCGUGUGCGUCACGUCGUUCCCAAAACCAUUGACCCAGCUCAUCCUAGGGCAACAUUUAUGUUGAAUCACUUCAGAUGGUAG